AUGGAUGAGUCCUUAGGCCAAGCAUGGGAUAGAUUCAAGGGACUGUUGAGGAAGACUCCCAUUCAUGGGUUUGAUCAACCUACACAACUCACUCUUUUCUUGGUAGGACUUAAAUCCCAGUCAAAGCUGAUGUUAGAUGCCUCUGCUGGUGGGAGUAUCAAGUGGAAGACGCCAGAGGAAGCAUAUGAGUUAAUAGAGAAUAUGACAACUAAUGAUAAUGAAGCCUAUACUGAGAGAGCCCAUUCUCAAAAGAAGGGUAUUCUAGAGCUUCAAUCUCAAGAUGCUCUAUUGGCUCAAAACAAGAUUAUGACUCAGCAGCUGGAAACCCUGAUGAAGAAAUUGUCACAACUUCCUCAAGAGCUUCAAAAUGCCUCUGUAGCUCAACUCCAACAAAUGCAAAGUUGUGAGUUAUGUGGAGGAAACCAUACCAAUGGGCAAUGUGCUAUGCCAAGCACAUCUCAAGAGGAAGUUAGUUAUAUGGGCAAUCAAGGCCGACCAGGGAACUAUAAUCAAGGAUGGAAACCUCACCAAAACAUGGGCCAAGCAGGACCUUCCAAUAGGCCCCCACAUCAACAAACUUACCAACAUCCCUCUUUGACUGACAGAACCUCAAAGCUUGAGGACAUGAUGCAACAGUUCUUGCAAAUGUCAAUUCAAAAUCAAAAGAACACUGAUGCAUCAAUAAAAAACUUGGAGGUGCAAGUGGGGCAAUUAGCCAAGCAAUUGGCUGAUCAACGAGGAAGUCCUUUUUUCGCCAACACCGAAGCCAACCCCAAAGAGCAAUGUAAGGCCAUCUUCACUAGAAGCGGAAAGGAGGUUGGACUAGGUUCUAAAGAAAAGGUGGAGGCUAGAGAAAAGAGAAAGAAUGAAGAAAAGAUUCAAAAGGAAGAAGUUGAUGAGGAGAUUGUUGUGGAAGAAGAAAAGAAUAAAACACUGCAACAAAUACCUUCUUAUGCAAAGUUCAUGAAGGAAUUCCUUGGCAAAAAGAAGAAGUACAUAGAAGAGGAAACUAUUGAAGUGCAAGGGAAUUGUAGUGCCAUAAUUCAGAAAAAUCUUCCUCCAAAAUUCAAGGAUCCGGGUAGCUUCACCAUCCCCUGCACCAUUGGAAAUCAAGAUAUGGGGAAAGCUCUUGUUGACUUAGGGGCUAGCAUUAAUCUUAUGCCCCUAUCUAUGCUUAAAAAGAUUGGUGGUCUCGAAGCCAAGCCAACAAGGAUGACCUUGCAGCUAGCAGACAACUCCGUCAAAUACUCCUAUGGUGUGGUGGAAGAUGUGGUGGUGCAAAUAGAUAAUCUUAAAUUCCAGUUGAUUUUGUGGUGA